AUGCCCCAAAAUGUCGACUCCAAAGACGCGCUAACACGCAAUUAUUUCGCAAAAGAAAAUUUAAUUUUAACGAAAAAUGGUUUUGCUUCAUUCAUUUUAUUUUCGUUCUUUCAACUUUUAUUCUUUUUUCUUUCCUUCUUUUUUCUUUAUGUCUUUCUUUCGUUUUCCCAAUUUUUCAAUUUCUCUUUUUCUUACAUUAUUAACUUCAUUUUUUCUGUUCUUGCCGUCAGCCUUAUACCUUUUUAUUACUCUCUUUCUUUAUUCUUUCUUUCUUUUUUCUUUCUUUCUUUCUUUCUUUCUUUCUUUCUUUGCCACGUUAUGAUUUCAUUCUAUCUUAUAUUGUCAACGUGUUAUAUUCUUUUUUUCUUCCUUUUUUCUUUCUUUCUCACAUUAUGCUUUCUUUCUAUAUUACAUUGUUAUCGUAUUAUAUUUCUUUUGUUCGUUCUUUCUUUCUUUCUUUUUUUCUUCUUUCAUUCAUUCUUUCUUUCUUUCUUACAUUGUUAUCGUGUUAUAUUUUCGUUCUUUCUUUUUUCUCACAUGAUGCUUUCUUUCUAUAUUACAUUGUUAUCGUGUUAUAUUUCUUUCUUUCUUUCUUUCUUUCUUUCUUUCUUUCUUUCUUUCUUUCUUUCUUUCUCACAUUAUGCUCCCUUUCUCCCUUACAUUGUUAUCUUGUUAUAUUUUCUUUAUUUCUUUCUUUCUUUCUUUCUUUCUUUCUUUCUUUCUUUCUUUCUUUCUAUAUUAAAUUGUUAUCGUGUUAUAUUUUCUUUCUUUCUUUCUUUCUUUCUUUCUUACAUUAUGCUUUCUUUCUAUAUUAAAUUGUUAUCGUGUUAUAUUUUCUUUCUUUCUUUCUUUAUUUAUUUAUUUAUUUCUUUCUUUCUCACAUUAUGCUUUCUUUCUACCUUACAUUGUUAUCUUGUUAUAUUUUUUUCUUUCUUUUUUAUAUUUCUUUCUUUCUUUCUACCUUACAUUGUUAUCGUGUUAUAUUUUUUUCUUUCUUUUUUAUAUUUCUUUCUUUCUUUUUUUAUAUUCCUUUCUUUCUUUCUUUCUUUCUUUCUUUUUCACAUUAUGCUUUCUUUCUAUAUUAAAUUGUUAUCGUGUUAUAUUUUUCUUCCUUUCUUUCUUUCUUUCUUUCUUUCUUUCUUUCUUUCUUUCUUUCUUUCUUUCUCACAUUAUGCUUCCUUUCUCCCUUACAUUGUUAUCUUGUUAUAUUUUCUUUCUUUCUUUCUUUCUUUCUUUCUUUCUUUCUUUCUUUCUAACAUUAUGCUUUCUUUCUAUAUUAAAUUGUUAUCGUGUUAUAUUUCUUUUUUUUUUUCUUUCUUUCUUUCUUUCUUUCUUUUCUUUCUUUCUUUCUUUUUCAUUUCUUUCUUUUCACAUUUACUUUCUUUAUCUUUACAUUGUUAUCGUGUUAUAUUUUCUUUCUUUCUUUUUUAUAUUUCUUUCUUUCUUUCUUUUUUUAUAUUUCUUUCUUUCUUUCUUUCUUUCUUUCUUUCUUUCUUUCUUUCUUUCUUUCUCACAUUAUGCUUUCUUUCUCUCUUACAUUGUUAUCUUGUUAUAUUUUUUUCUUUCUUUUUUAUAUUUCUUUCUUUCUUUCUUUCUUUUUUUAUAUUUCUUUCUUUCUUUCUUUCUUUCUUUCUUUCUUUCUUUCUCACAUUAUGCUUUCUUUCUACCUUACAUGGUUAUCGUGUUAUAUUUUCUUUCUUUCUUUUUUAUAUUUCUUUCUUUCUUUCUUUUUUCUUUUUUAUAUUUCUUUUUCUUUCUUUUCUUUCUUUCUUUCUUUUCUUUAAAUUGUUUUUUUUCUUUUUUUUUCACAUUAUUCUUUCUUUCUUUCAUUACUUUUACAUUAUGCCAGUAUAUCUAUUCAAUCAUUAUCGCAUAGAUCUAUCUAUCUAUCUAUCUAUCUAUCUAUCUAUCUAUCUAUCUAUCUAUCUAUCUAUCUAUCUCAGUCUGUUCAUAUAUCUAUCUAUCUAUCUAUCUAUCUAUCUAUCUAUCUAUCUAUCUAUCUCAGUCUGUUCAUAUCUAUCUAUCUAUCUAUCUGUCUAUCUAUCUAUCUAUCUAUCUAACUUUAGAUAUUUACAUGCAUUCCCAUUCACGUAUGACUAUCUAUUUGCUAAGAAAUUAUUCUGCAUCUAUUUCAAUCUAUCUAUCUAUCUAUCUAUCUAUCUAUCUAUCUAUCUAUCUAUCUAUCUAUCUCAGUCUGUUCAUAUCGAUCUAUCUAUGUUUGUAUGUUCAUAUCUAUCUAUCUAUCUAUCUAUCUAUCUAUCUAUCUAUCUAUCUCAGUCUGUUAAUAUCUAUCUAUCUAUGUUUGUAUGUUCAUAUCUAUCUAUCUAUAUCUAUCUUCAUAUGUCUGUUUAUUUCUCUUCUCUUCAUAUCUAUCUAUCUAUCUAUCUAUCUAUCUAUAUCUAUCUAUCUAUCUAUCUCAGUCUGUUAAUAUCUAUCUAUCUAUCUCAGUCUGUUCAUAUCUAUCAAUCUAUGUUUGUAUGUUCAUAUCUAUCUAUCUAUCUAUCUAUCUAUCUAUCUAUCUAUCUAUCUAUCUAUCUAUCUCAGUCUGUUCAUAUCUAUCUAUCUAUGUUUGUAUGUUCAUAUCUAUCUCUCUAUCUAUAUCUAUCUUCAUAUGUCUAUGUUUAUUUCUCUGUCUAUUCAUAUCUAUUUCUUUAUCUGAUCUCUCUCUGCUCUAAUCAUCUAUCUAUCUAUCUAUCUAUCUAUCUAUCUAUCUAUCUCAGACAGUUCAUAUCUAUCUAUCUAUCUAUCUAUCUAUCUAUCUAUCUCAGUCUCUGCAUAUUUAUUUAUCUCAGUCUCUUCAUAUCUAUCUAUCUAUCUAUCUAUCUAUCUAUCUAUCUAUCUAAGUCUGUUCAUGUCUCUCUAUGUUAG